AUGGCGGCAGGAGAUGGCUCAUCCGAGCCAGGCGACGAUGAAGAGCGUCAGGUUGAGCCAGGGCAGACCGCGAAGUCCCCCGAACCUGCACCGAUCGCAGACGACACCGACAAUGGGGAGGAGGACGCAGAUGAAGGAGAAGAAGGAGAAGAAGGAGACGAGGAAGAGGAGGAAGAGGAAGAAGAAGAACCACGCCUCAAGUAUGCUACGUUGACGCGGAACCUGGGUCCAUUAUACCGCAAUGGAGAUGCUACAAGCACGUUUCUGGUGGCCGGGGACAAGAUGGCAAGUCUCCUUCGUAUCGUGGGAACUCACAAUGGCAAUAUCCAUGUCUUCACCUUGCCUUCCUUUACGCCCUUGCGUAUGUACCAUGCGCAUACGGCCAGCGUUUCCUCGAUUUCGAUAUCUCCGUUCCCACCUGCCCUCCCCUCUCUGAGAUCCGAAUCUCUACAAAAAGUCACCAACAGAGACCAGUCGCCGGCGAACUCACCGACACCGAAAGGAAAGCAACAGCAGCACCCACCCGUGCCCAACGUGCCCUCGAACCAGAUCUACAUUGCCACCUCGUCCAUUGAUGGAAACGUCUGCAUUGCCUCCUUGGUCGACCCUCGAGAUGUCCAGCUCCGCAACUUCGGGAGGCCGGUGCAAACCGUUGCUCUGUCACCAGAAUAUAAAGCAGACCGAAAUUACCUUUCUGGCGGCCAAGCCGGAAGUCUUGUGCUGACUACUGGUGGACAGCCCGGGAAGAGUGUCAAUGCAACGACGACCGGGACGGCAGCCGCGGCCAGUGGCUGGCUAGGGUCCUUAGGUCUAGGACAUAAUACAGGUUCGGACAAGGUGUUGCAUAGUGGCGAGGGUAUUAUCAGCACCAUCAAAUGGUCUCUCUCGGGAAAAUAUGUUCUCUGGGUCAACGAACAGGGAAUCAAGAUCAUGCGGUCGAAUCUCAAAAUGGAAGGCAUCGAAUCUGGCCUUGAGUGGAAACGAAUGAGCCACAUUGAUCGGCCAAAUCGCCCAGGCUGGGAAGAAAUGGCCGGUGUUUGGAAGGCUCGGGCGGAUUGGAUUGAUCGAGACAAUCUCGAAAACGAUGAAGACCCUGCUUCUAAUGGUAUAACUCAGCCUUCUGCAAAUGGGACACCACUCAAAACGGCCAUUGAAAAGACCAAGGUCGAGGAAGUGUUGGUGGGCUGGGGAGAUUCGGCAUGGAUCAUCAGAGUCUACCCUGGAUCUACGGAGAAUGCAACUGAGAACAAGAUGGGUCGUGCAGAGGUUGCUACGAUUAUACGAUUUGAUGACUGUACAAUAUCUGGAAUUUCGCUUUAUACCCCGUCGCUGCUUUUGGUGCUUGCAUUCACGGAGAAAAAGGGGAACAAGUCAACAGCUGAAGGCAAUGGAGAAGGCAAAAGAGGCCGCCGCACUCGACAUAACGCAUUGGAACCGGAGUUGCGUUUGGUUGACAUUAAUACCAAGGAAGAGAUCGACACGGAUACUCUAUCAGUGAGCCGCUUCGAGACUCUUUCCUCUUCAGACUACCAUUUGUCCGUUCUGGCCCCCAUUCGAAUCCCUGCCGCGCUCGUGCCAAAAGGCUACCUCAAUACGAUCGGCUCUGGUAUGGGUACUGUUGGAACCAGCCUCUACACCGGAGCCGAAACCGUUGGACAAGGCAUGUGGGAUGCUACGAUGUACGGGCCUAGGAUGCUGGGCGCGAACCGACUCUUUAGUGGUGCCGAAAGUGUGGGAAGUGGCAUGAGUGGCCCUGAACGUGGUGGAAGCACUCGGGAACGCAACUAUCUUACAGGCUGGCUCCCUGGACUCGGAUCCAAUGAGACACACGCUACCGGAGACUCCAACGGUGUGAUAACCGCGCAGGGCAUGAAAAUCUUCAUCUGCAGUCCGUAUGAUUGUAUUGUGGCUGUCAGACGCAACCUCAAUGACCGUUUGCAGUGGUUGCUGAGUGUCAAGCGAUAUCAACAAGCUUGGGAACUGGUUGACCAACAUCCUGAGGCAGCUGGCACUACAUCCGAUCUCUCUGACAUCUCGUCACCACCGACUCCCUCAAAGUCGAGUUCUGUUGCAAAGUCAGGCUCGGCUGUUCCAGCUAGUCCCUCAAAAGCACUUCAAGAAGCUACGUUGGCCGAAUUUUUCGCGGACUCUGCCUCGGUCACCAGUUCCGCUCAGGAUAGAACCAAAACGAAGUUCUCGGCGGCAGAGAAAGAGAAGCGCAGAAUAGGUGAACUCUGGCUCAAACAAUUGGUGGGUGCUAACGAGUGGGCAAAGGCUGCUCAAGUGGCCGCCAAAGUGCUCAAUACCACCACCCGAUGGGAACAUUGGAUUUGGGUUUUUAUCCAGAAGCAGAAGUUUGAUGAGAUAUCACCUCACAUACCCACACUGGAAUUGACGCCUCCUCUGCCAUCGUCAAUUUUCGAACUCAUCCUGGGACAUUACGUCGAAACGGACAGACUGCGAUUUAAGGAGCUCCUGGACGAGUGGCCCUCAGAUCUAUUUGAGAUCAGCAGUAUAACUACUGCGAUCGAGGGCCAACUCCGAGGUGGAGGUGCCCCGAAGGGUUCCGAAGACUGGAGAGACCUACAAGAAAGUCUGGCCAAGUUGUAUCUGGCCGAUGGACAUUAUAAUGAGGCUCUUAAGUGCUAUAUCAACCUCCAGGACGCAGACACAGCAUUGGCCCUAAUCAAGGAUCAUCAUCUGGUAGAUGCCGUUGCCGACGACGUUCCCAGUUUUGUGAUGCUUCGAAUCUCACCCUCGCAGCUGAAAUCCGCGUCCCAAGAUGAACUGGAGGAGUUGGCGUCUGAUCCGAUCAAGGUGCUCGUGGAUGAAGCAACGGCGGGAGUGGUCGAGCCCGAUGAAGUCGUUGCACAGCUGGACACACCUUCUUAUCGACCUCUCCUAUAUUUCUACCUCAAGGCCCUCUGGCGGGGUGAUGGUACCAAGAACAGCUCGGCAACUCCUCGAGUUGGCCACUCGGCUAUCGCGACGUCUAUCGUUGCGGAUGCCGGGAAACAAUUGGUGGAGCGCUUCGCCGAUACUGCGGUCGAAUUAUUUGCGAAGUAUGGACGAGACUCGCUGAUGGAAUUUUUACAGACAUCCACUGCAUACACCUUCGAAACGGCCGUGAAGAUAUGUGAGCAGAACCACUACAUUGAAGAGCUGGUGUAUCUCUUGAGCAAAACGGGCCAAAUGAAGAAGGCUCUGUUCUUGAUCAUCGACGAACUCAAGGACGUCUCCAAGGCCAUCGCCUUCGCCAAAGAACAAGAUGACCAGAGCUUGUGGGAUGACCUGCUAGAAUACAGCAUGUCACGGCCGCGCUUCAUCUCGGGUCUCUUGGCCGAGGUGGGCACCGCCAUUGACCCGAUCACCUUGGUCAAACGAAUCCCUUCGGGGCUCGAAGUCGAAGGCCUCAAAGACGGGCUGAAGAAGAUGAUCCGCGAGUAUGAUCUGCAGGACAGCAUUAGCUCCGGCGUGGCGCGGGUCCUGAGCAGCGAGGUCGCCGUGGCGAUGGAGAUGUUACGCCGCGGACGGAGGAAGGGCAUCAAAUUCGACGUUCGUGGACCCUCUCCUCGUCGCCAAAUCAACGCAAACGCCGCCCAACCCAUCAACGGCAGUGCAGAACAAGAGGGGUUGGAGCAACAGCAACCCGAGCCGGAAGUCGAAUCUGGACGUUGUGCGUCGUGCGGCAAAGCAUUCCAUGAAGGGGAAGCCGAGACACUGGUUGGAUUUGCCUGUGGACAUGUCUACCACGUUUCUCAUCUACUGCACGGACCAGAUGCCGAGGGUGAUGAGAUGCUUCUGCCUCAGUCGGGACUGGCACGACGGGGGCCCGACGGCGAUGACGAUCUAGAGGAAACGAGGUUUUCCAGGUCAGUCGGGCCGAAAGUCACGAAUGCGAGGCUCCUCAAGGACAAGAUUCUGGCGGUGGGCGGGUGUGCCGUGUGCAAGGAAUCGAGAGAUAGAGCAGAGGUUGUGGGAGGAUAG